GGCCAGAGAUAGAGGCUGGGAGAGCGGCUGGCGCGAGCCCCGGGCCCCGGACCCGAAGUCUGCGAGCCCCGCGUCCUCCCUCCCCGGGGUCUUGCCCUGCGGGCCCCUCGCUGGACUCGCCCGGCUGCCCUUGGGUUCGGGACGCGGCGACCCCCUCGCUGGCCGCCCCCGCCCGGUGCUGUCCGCCGUCCUGGUGCUGAACCUGGGCUGGGCUAGGGCGUCGGAGCCUCCCGGUUCCCCCUGCUCCGCGACGCGCGUGGAGGGUCCCCGGGUCCGCGGCACUCGCGGGUCCCUGCCCGGUCGGUUCCUUGAGGAGAGGAAAGACCUGAGAACUCGGUGCGGGGAGGCUGCUCCCUUUGCGGGGGAGCCGUUCCCCGUUCCCCCAAUGAGCUUCCCCAACCGGAGGGUCUGGGACGGACGGAGGAGGCUGUCUGGCUGUGGAGGGUGGGCCCGGCCUCCGGGGUCUCCUUUCAGAGCCCGUUUCAAAUGGCGUGGACAGAACUCCUGAGUGUGUGUAGGUGGACGGCGGCCAGGUGCCCCUGGCCACAGAAAAGAGAUGAUGGAUUUCUUAACUAUUUUGGGAGGGGCUCCCCAGAGAAGGAAGAGGCUGAGAAGGAGGCACCCCAGGGCUGGAGCCCCCUCUGGCUUACAGCCCCCCCCACCUCCUCUCUGGGGAUCUGGAAUGGGCUCCUCAGCCACACAGGCAACUUGGCCCCACCACUGGGCCUGACCGCCUUCCCUAGGAGUCACGAGAGGACAUUUAGGGGCGUCUUUGAAAAUCACCUCAGUGCAAAGACUGCAGAAGAAACAACGAAGAGCCAUCCCCCAGCAUUCGGGAUCUCAGAGACGGUGAAGAUGUAGUUAUAGAGGUGGCUGACCGUCGUAGAGAUGGCAGCACCCAACACGGGGCGGUGUGUCAGAGUUUUCCCAUUGGAGGUGCGGGGGACAGAGCCCAGAAGGCCUGGGUCCAGCUGCAGCCGUGUGCCCAUCAGGAGAAUGCGGGGUCGGCACUGCCCCUGGCUCUAAGCAGCCCGUGUCCUGGGAAGAGCUCUGUUCUUCCAUCAAUCCCAGUGGGCCUUUCUCCCCUUGUCCUUCCCCUCCUUCAAGGUGAGAGGAAGGACGAAGCCUCGGGGCACAGUUGUAGAUGCUGUGUUGGAGCCAUGGGGACAGCUGCCAGCCCAGGCCCACGGCCACUUAGCCAAGAGGCUGAAAUCCAGACGGCUCUGAAACCCCAAAGUUUUAGCCCAAGUUCGACACCAGAACUCAGUUGGCAGCAAGUCCCGUCCUGCACGGAUUCGAGACUCUUCUCAUCUUUAUUAAUCCUACUUCUGGGACUAUUUAUGUACACUUCCUGCUGGGAAAUUCUUCAGGCCGCCCCCAGCCACAGCCUCUGUGUCCACCAUUUCCCUUUUCUAAAAUCUGAAGAUCCUUAAUUCUGGCCUGCAUCUGGCUCCUGUGCCUGUUUCCUUGGGCAGGAAAGCUGGAAGGCCACGGCCCAGCCAGGAGUGGGGGCCUCUGGGCCUGCAGUCACUCCCAUCUCUGGAAGAGGGGUGCCGUCGGGGAGCACACCUUGCCUGGUGAGAGGUGCACUGCUUCGCUCAGCUCCCCUUUCGCUCUCUAGUUAAAAACAGUUACCACCUGGCUGCAUGCUACAGCCUCUCCUUUGAGGUCAUCCUGUCCACACACAUGUGCUGGACUCAACCUCCUGCUCUUGGCGUCUAGGGGCAGGCCUGGAGGGUCUCCCCAGGGUAGAAGCACCUGCCAGCCCAGCCCUAGGGGCCACCUUCAGACUUAGCGGGGUGCUGUCCAUGAAGGGCCUCUCCUCCCAUCUGUGCCUGUGCCCCUCCACUCCAGAAACCAGGACAGCCGCCCUCCCUUCCCUCAGUCUCGGGGUCCUUGUCCUGGAGCUGUAUUGGACGUCAGUGGGACCCAUUCUGGCCAUUACCCCAGGUCCCCAUUGCAGCAGCUCCUCAUGGGAAAGGCUGGGUGGGAUAGGAAGGGAGUGUGCUGCGUGGCGGCUGUGGGUCGGCCCUGAGUGUGAAGACCCGUGCACGCGGCAGGCACCGAGCUUGCCGACUGCAUGCCCGCGUGGGUGGCCCUCCCGGGCUGCCGGCACCUCCGUCUCCCUGGAGAAGCUGUGCUGCGUCUCCUACCGUGCCAGCUCGCGGUGCGCUGGUGGCGGUGCUCCUCUUCGCCUUGGUAACUGCAAUGCUGGGAGGCUUGAGCUGCUCUAAAAGCAGGGCUGUGGGAUAUGUGGGCUGGGUGUGCGCCGUGGAGGAGCCUGCAGGGGGAGGAUCCCAGCUACACCUACCUUCCCUGUCUGUCCCCAGGGCACAGACAAGUGACAGGGAUGGGUUUGUUUUUCAGUGGGGCCAGGAGGGCAGGAGGCCAGGUGACCCAUGGAGAGCAACCCGAGGGGGAAGCUGCCAUGUCUUCAUGAUGCCCACUCUGCCCCCUGAGUUUGGAGUCCUAAAUCCGAGUGUAGACUUGGAGCCUGGUGUGUAGCCUUGAGCCUCUCUGUCCAUUCACCCAAAGGAAACCCCAAGCUCAGGCCACCACUGGGCCCCAGGGCCACCAGGUGAGGCAGCAGCCCUCUCCCGAGAUCUCGGUGACAUACCAGAGUCAGGACAUCCCCACCCUGUGCCCAGCUCCACUGGUGCAGGCUGUGUUCCCCCAGCCCCCGCUAGCUCUGCCUCCCUUGUAUAUCCCGACCUGAGGAAGUGGGGGGCCCUCCAGACCCCAGAGUGUGGCAUGAAGCACACGCCCCCGCACUCUGGCCCUUCCCAUCUGUUCACAGUGGGAAAACGACCGGCCGCUCUUCUAGGUGAGAAAUGGCAUGGGGGUGGGAGCCUGCUUCCUUCUCGCCCCCAGGAGAUGGCAAAAGUGCCUCCAGGUGAGCUUCAUGGUGGGGGCUGCUCCUGGCCUUGCCUUCGUGCCCCCCCACACGUCCCACCACCCUGAGAUGGGCAAGAGACGUGGCCCAGGAAGGACGGUGUCUCCUGUGGCCUCAUUCCAGGCAGGCUAGAUGGCAGCUGGGCUGGUCCAAAAAUAAAGCCUCGAUAGAUCCCUUUGCGUCUGACCUUCAGGGUGACUCCCAUUUGCAUUUUUAAUUGGCCAGGACUUAAUUUGAUUCCAUCUUAUACUUUGUUACCAAAGUGCCUGCUCCUCCUUAGCCCUGUGCCGGGCCACUCCUGGGAGUCCAGUGGGCGCGGGGUCAUGGGUCUGGAUGGAUAGCAGCCCUGGAUGCUGCCUUCGGCUGGCUCCUCUUGCCAGAGUUGGGCCACCACAGUUGUCCAGGACAGAUUGGGGUUGGCAAAAUCUCAUUAGCUAAGGAAUGUUUGGUUCAAAGUCCAAAUCUUUGAAAGGCUGGUGUGUGAAACAAGAAGAAAAGUGGUUCUGAUGGAGAGGGAGAGGGCCUGAGCCCCCCUGCUGCUGCCUCCCAAACCCCGGUGGUCCUCAGGGGGCCUAGGACGCACCUGAGGAUAAAGUGUAUGGAGCAGAGUCGAGGCUGGAUGCAGGGAGAGGCAGGGAGAGUGUCCGCCUCCCUUCAUCCUUCCCAGUGUUUCUCUGGAACCUCGGGUUUAAGAUUUGGAUCUGCUCCUGCAGCUCCCUGGCCGGACUUAGCCUGAGGCACCAGACCCCUGUGCCCCGCCCCUUGCCUCUCCCUUGGGAAUCCAAGGACUCAAGAGGGCUGGAGCUGGAGAGACAGACAAGCAGAGUAGGCUGCAGGUGAUCUUUGUGGGGCGCUGGGAGGGGCUGCACGGGGUGGGGCUGGUGGCCGGGCCUCAGCUUGACUGUGCCAGACAGGCAGCGUGGAGGGGUGCCUCGAGCCCAGGUCGCAGCCUCUGAGGGAGCAGGAGGCCAAGGGCUGUGGCCCCCACCGUGAGAGGGGAGGGGCAGGCAGUUGGGUCCUGGGGAGCCGGGCGUGGAGGAGGCCUGGGACUGUGCUCUUCUCUUGGUGGCCUGUGGAGUGGCCCAGCAUGGGGCACCCACGCGAGGCUGUGUCUGAACUGCGGUCAAAUCUGUCUGUAGGCUUGCUGUGGGGGAGGCCGCUGACUCAGGUCCUGACCCCUCAUCUCUCCUGGAGGGCCUGGUGACCUGGAGGCCAUGUCUGAAGCCACCCCCUUGGAUAGAAAUGAUUCCGAGAAUACAGGGUGGUUAAUCUCAAGGCCCCACCCCGGGACCAAUCCCUGUCCUGUGUGCAGGAGGACAGGUGUGACAAUCACCACAAACUGGACGGCUUGAAACAACAGACGCUUAUUCUCUUGCAGCUCGGGAGGCCAGGAGCCUGAAAUCAAGGUGUGGGUGGGGCUGGUUCCCCUGGAGGCUCUGAGGGAACCUCUGUCCCCGGCCUGUCUCCAGCUCCGGCGGUGGCUGGAAACCCUGGCCUCCCUUGGCCUGUGGACACCUCACCCCAAUCUCUGCCUCCACUGUCACAGGCUUCUUCCCUCUUCUCUUCUAAGGACACCAGUCCUUGGGUUUAGGGCCCACUCAAUCCAAUACGGCCUCAUCUUAACUAAUUACCUCUGCAAAGACCUUAUUCCCAAAUAAGCUCACAUUCUGAGGCUCUGGGUGGAUGUGCAUUUUCGGGCAUGCUGUUUAACCCCAGUGCAGAGCGAUGAAUGACAUCGGCGACUACGUGGGCUCCAACCUGGAGAUCUCCUGGCUCCCCAACCUGGACGGGCUGAUAGCCGGCUAUGCCCGCAACUUCCGGCCUGGCAUCGGAGGUCCCCCCGUGAAUGUGGCCCUCGCCCUGGAGGUGGCCAGCAUUGACCACAUCUCAGAGGCCAACAUGGAGUACACCAUGACGGUGUUCCUGCACCAGAGCUGGCGGGACAGCAGGCUCUCCUACAACCACACCAACGAGACCCUGGGCCUGGACAGCCGCUUCGUGGACAAGCUCUGGCUGCCCGACACCUUCAUCGUGAAUGCCAAGUCGGCCUGGUUCCACGACGUGACGGUGGAGAACAAGCUCAUCCGGCUGCAGCCCGACGGCGUGAUCCUGUACAGCAUCCGAAUCACCUCCACUGUGGCCUGCGACAUGGACCUGGCCAAAUACCCCAUGGACGAGCAGGAGUGCAUGCUGGACCUGGAGAGCUACGGUUACUCAUCGGAGGACAUCGUCUACUACUGGUCGGAGAGCCAGGAGCACAUCCACGGGCUGGACAAGCUGCAGCUGGCGCAGUUCACCAUCACCAGCUACCGCUUCACCACGGAGCUGAUGAACUUCAAGUCCGCCGGCCAGUUCCCACGGCUCAGCCUGCAUUUCCACCUGCGGAGGAACCGCGGCGUGUACAUCAUCCAGUCCUACAUGCCCUCCGUCCUGCUGGUCGCCAUGUCCUGGGUCUCCUUCUGGAUCAGCCAGGCGGCGGUGCCUGCCAGGGUGUCUCUAGGCAUCACCACGGUGCUGACGAUGACCACGCUCAUGGUCAGUGCCCGCUCCUCCCUGCCGCGGGCAUCGGCCAUCAAGGCACUGGACGUCUACUUCUGGAUCUGCUAUGUCUUCGUGUUUGCCGCCCUGGUGGAGUACGCCUUUGCGCACUUCAACGCCGACUACAGGAAGAAGCAGAAGGCCAAGGUCAAGGUCUCCAGGCCGAGGGCAGAGAUGGACGUGAGGAACGCCAUUGUCCUCUUCUCCCUCUCUGCUGCCGGCGUCACGCAGGAGCUGGCCAUCUCCCGCCGGCAGCGCCACGUCCCAGGGAACCUGAUGGGCUCCUACAGGUCGGUGGGGGUGGAGACGGGGGAGACGAAGAAAGAGGGGGCAGCCCGCUCGGGAGGCCAGGGGGGCAUCCGUGCCCGGCUCAGGCCCAUUGACGCAGACACCAUUGACAUUUACGCCCGCGCUGUGUUCCCUGCGGCGUUCGCGGCCGUCAAUGUCAUCUACUGGGCAGCAUACGCCAUGUGAGCACGGGACUCAGGCCACCCUCGCUUGUCCUGGCGCCCGGCGGCGACUGCCCAGAAACUUCCUGGGAGAAAGAGCCCUCGGGCCGCCUUUCCCUCUGCGUGUUUCAAAGUGGGAUGACAGUCGGCCACAGAAAACAAGAGGAAGCCUCAGCCUCCCUGAGCUCUGACCCCAGCCUCACCCGAAAGGCCAGCCUGGGGCUCUCCGGCAGGCAGUGCAAGACCGUCACAGAUGAAGGAGCAGAGGGUCUGACUGAGAGGCUGAGCCAGGCCAGGGUCUGGGCCCUUCAGGGAGCUGCGGAUUUUUAGGUUCAGAAAGUGAUCCUGGUUUCUAGGUCUUUGCUCUGCGGGAUCGGGAUCAGAGCGUGGGAGGAGGCGGGAGUGGACGUCCGUCCGGUGAACAGUGAAGGCGUGUGUGAGGUCUCUGGUCCCAGCAUGAAAUAAAGCCUUGGCCUGGGGGCCGCUUCAUUCUC